AUGUUUGUGGUAUAGUCACUCUAGAUAAAGCCAUAUCACAAUAGUACCAGUGUUUGAUUAAAUAAUUACUUUGCCCUUCCAGACUCGUAAUAUAAAUUUGAAGCGAUUUUAACAUCAAAUUUAGUUCUCUUUCAGUUUAUAGCAGUGUGUUUUCGUUGCAAUUUCACUGAAAACUCGUAAGAUGUCUUCAUUAUCAGCUGAUCAAAAGCAAGCGUUGGACAAGCAAGCUGUCAACAAUUUUCGUGAAUAUUUGCAAAUCCCCUCUGUUCAUCCUGAUAUUAAUUACGAUGAGUGUGUUGAAUUUUUGGAAAAACAAGCAAAAAGUUUGAGUCUUCCCAUAAAGGUUGUAACCGUCAAGCCUGGCAAACCUAUUGUGAUAAUAACAUGGCUUGGCAAGGAGCCCAGUUUACCAACCAUAUUACUUAACAGUCAUAUGGACGUUGUGCCUGUUUUUGAGGAUAAAUGGACGUACAAGCCUUUUAGUGCCCACGUAGAUGACAAAGGUAAUAUAUAUGCGAGGGGUUCUCAAGACAUGAAAUGUGUAGGAAUACAGUAUUUAGAAGCUAUUAGAAGACUGAAAAUACAGGGUGUAACUUUAAAAAGGACCAUACAUGUUAGUUUUGUACCAGAUGAAGAAAUUGGUGGAGUAGAAGGAAUGAAAAUGUUUGUCGAAACAAAUGACUUUAAAGAUUUGAAUGUUGGUUUUGCUCUUGAUGAAGGAAUGGCUAGUGAAAAUAAUGAAUAUGCCUUAUUUUAUGCGGAAAGAUGCAUUUGGCAAAUGCGCUUUCAUUGCCCGGGAAAUCCUGGUCAUGGCUCUUUAUUGUUGGAGAAUACCGCUGGCGAGAAAGUUACAUAUCUUUUGAAUAAAUUGUAUGAGUUUAGAAAACAAGAACAACAAAAAUUGAAGGACAAUCCUAGUUGGACAAUCGGAGACGUGACUACUGUGAAUCUGACACAAUUGCAGGGUGGUGUACAAGCAAAUGUAAUCCCUCCAGAACUUGUGAUAGUUGUAGAUUGUCGCAUUCCUGUCACGACAGACCUCAAAUCUUGGGAAGAAACUCUCAACAGAUGGUGUAAGGAAGCUGGUCAAGGCGUUUACAUCGAAUACGAGCAAAAGCAAUUGCAAAUUCCUGCGACAAAAAUUGACUGUUCGAAUCCGUAUUGGAUUGCCUUUAAGAGAGCCACCGAUGAACUAGAAAUGAAAUUGAUACCUUAUGUUUGCCCAGGAUCAACUGACGCUCGAUAUAUAAGAGAAUGUGGGUUGCCAGCUUUUGGCUUUUCACCUCUAUCGAGUACCGUUCCAAAAUUGCACAGUAAUGAUGAAUACGUAAAUAUGGACACAUUUUUACAGGGCGUUGAGAUUUACUGCCAUUUAUUGAAAGCACUUCAACUCUGAAAUAAAAAUUAGUAAUUUAUAAUGAUAUUUGCUAUUGUCUGAAUGAUGAAUAUUUUAUUUUGGUUCCUAAAGUAAAGUGAUAAUUAAAAUUUGUUGGCCCUGAGAGACCUCUGACACUA